CUCGUUUGUCCGAGGCUGUCGGAGGUCCGCGAACGCGCCCUAAUCCAGCGCCGCCGCGGAGUCGUCGGGGGCCAUUUUGGUCCCACCUCAAGAUCGGCGAGCUGCUCCGCGUUCGGGCCGACAUGAGCCCAGCAGAGGAUUUAGAACCUUUGAAACGCCACGUGACGACUUCGGAGGCCGGGCGCCGUCGCUGCUAGGCGGCGCGAGGGAGGAAAGCGCGAGAGAAAACACCGGCCACAUAUUUUUUUUUUUCCAUUUAUUUUGUUUGUUGGGUGGGGGAGUGGCGGCCGAGCAGCUUCGCCCCAAAGUGACCCGGACUGACUCCCAACAACAACAACGAGGACUUGUGGUUGGUGUCGUUGUCGGGCUCGGUCGGAGAUCCAUAUGCGACCGUGCCCCUCUUCCGCCGCCGCCGCCGCCGCCGCGGGAUUCGACGAGGUGUCACCGGAUUGCGGGCCGCUCGCCGUCGCCUGAACCAUGUCAAGCAAGACCCCUUUGCCCACCGUCAACGAGAAGGCGAGCGACAGCCGCACGUCUUCCCACGGCAACGGCCGUCAGGAAGGGGGCAGCUCGCGCUCGUCCCGCUCCGGCGGGGUGCGUUCGCGCAGCUCCGAGGAGCCUCAGCAGCCCCACGUGGGGAACUACCGGCUGCUCAAGACCAUCGGCAAGGGCAACUUCGCCAAAGUCAAGCUGGCCCGCCACAUCCUCACCGGCCGAGAGGUUGCCAUUAAGAUCAUCGACAAGACGCAGCUCAACCCCAACAGCCUUCAGAAGCUUUUCCGAGAAGUGAGAAUUAUGAAGAUCUUGAAUCAUCCCAACAUCGUGAAGCUGUUUGAGGUGAUCGAGACGGAGAGGACGCUCUACCUGGUCAUGGAGUACGCCAGCGGAGGAGAAGUUUUUGACUACCUGGUAGCACACGGAAGAAUGAAGGAAAAAGAGGCCAGAGCCAAAUUUCGACAGAUUGUGUCGGCGGUGCAGUACUGCCACCAGAAGCACAUCGUCCACAGAGACCUCAAGGCGGAAAACCUGUUGCUGGACGGCGACAUGAACAUCAAGAUCGCCGACUUCGGCUUCAGCAACGAGUUCACGCUGGGCAACAAGCUGGACACCUUCUGCGGUUCGCCGCCUUACGCCGCGCCCGAGCUUUUCCAGGGCAAGAAGUACGACGGGCCCGAGGUGGACGUCUGGAGUCUGGGCGUCAUCCUCUACACGCUCGUCAGCGGGUCGCUGCCCUUCGACGGCCAGAACCUCAAGGAGCUUCGCGAGCGCGUGCUCCGAGGGAAGUACCGCAUCCCCUUCUACAUGUCGACGGACUGCGAGAACCUCCUGAAGCGCUUCCUGGUGCUCAACCCGGCCAAGCGCGGGACUCUCGAGCAAAUCAUGAAGGAUCGAUGGAUCAAUGCGGGAUUCGAAGACGACGAGCUGAAGCCUUACGUCGAGCCCGAGCUGGACAUCGCUGAUCAGAAGAGAAUCGACGUGAUGGUGGGCAUGGGCUACAACUUGGACGAGAUCCAGGAGUCCCUGGCCAAGACCAAGUACGACGAGAUCACCGCCACGUACCUGCUGCUGGGCAGGAAGGCCUCGGAGGUAAGCGAGCGGUCCGUCGGCCGGGGGGGGGGCCCCCUCUUGACCUCCGACCUGCGCCCUCAGCCGGAGCCCGGCGAGUCGGCGUCCGGCGGCGACGCGUCGCCGGCCAAGCCCAGACCCAGCAGCGAGCUCAACGGGCAGUCGCCCUCGCACCUGAAAGUCCAGAGGAGCGUCUCGUCCAAUCACAAGCAGCGACGUUACAGCGAGCAAGUGGGCCAGAACGCGAGCGCCGCCCACCCCAAGCGAAGUCAGACCGCCGCCGUCGACAACGGGAAGGACGACGACGUCCAGCUGCGCAAAUCCGGUGCGCCGGGGGGGCGCGGAGCUCCGCCCGCCAGCCCGUUGCUGGGCAACGCCAACAACCCCAACAAGGCCGACAUACCCGAGCGCAGGAAAGGCGUCGCCGCCGGCCACGCCAACAACAACGCGGCGUCGGCGGGGAUGACGCGCCGGAACACGUACGUGUGCAGCGAGCGGAACAACGCCGACCGCCUCGCCGUCAUCCCCAACGGGAAGGAGAACAGCACGACGGCGUCUCCCGGCGCCCAGCGUAAAGCGGCGGCGUCGGGCCAGGACGCGGCGGCGCCGGAGCGGCUGCGCUUCCCCCGCGGCACGGCCAGCCGCAGCACCUUCCACGGCGGGCAGCUGCGCGACCGGCGCACGGCCACCUACAACGGCCCGCCCGCCUCGCCCGCCCUGUCGCACGACGCCUCGCCGCUGUCGCAGACGCGCGGCCGCGCCGCUAGCAACCUCUUCUCCAAGCUCACCUCCAAGCUCACGCGCAGAAACAUGUCGUUCAGGUUGACCAAAAGCCGCCACGUCCCCGGGGAGCCCAAGGGGGGCGAGGCCAAGGACGGCAAGCCCCGCUCGCUGCGCUUCACCUGGAGCAUGCGGACCACCAGCUCCAUGGAGCCGGCCGACAUCAUGCGGGAGAUCCGCAAGGUGCUGGACGCCAACAACUGCGACUACGAGCAGCAGGAGAGCUUCCUGCUGCUGUGCGUGCACGGCGACGGGCGGGCCGAAAACCUGGUCCAGUGGGAGAUGGAGGUGUGCAAGCUCCCCCGGCUGUCGCUCAACGGCGUCCGCUUCAAGAGGAUUUCCGGCUCCUCCAUGGCCUUCAAGAACAUUGCCUCCAAGGUGGCCGACGAGCUCAAGCUAUGAGGGCCCCCCCCCGACAAUCACCCCCGUAGCGACUUUCCCAAGGUCUCCUUUUGUCCGAUGAUCCCAAGGCAAGUCUUUCUUCUUUUGUUUUGGGGCCGUCAUCACGAGACCGCCUCCUACGAGUUCCUUCUGGCCGCAGAGCAAUUUCUCGUCUUAUUUAUUUUCUCCCCCUCCCCCGAAUAAGAAAAUCACCACGUAGCUUUUUUUCUUUUCUAUGUAAAUAUCACACACUGCAAAUACAAUACUUUGUUUUUCUUUUUGUAUUUGGGUUGAAAGUAAAAAAAAAAAAAAUUAAAAAAGGCGGGCGGCGGUCACGUGACCACGACUCCAGUAAAAGUGUCAGAGUGGCAAUCGGAAUGCGCGCUGAUUUCUUUCGACGUGUUUCCGCACUUUUGGAGAAAAUAUUCAUGUGCCCCCCCCCCCCCCGUGUUGACAAAAAUGGCCCAAAAUGAAUGAAAAGUCGCAGUUGGGAUCCCCGAGUAGGCAAAAGUAUUGGGACACAGACAUGCAUUUUCCUUCACGGGAUGUGGACAAAAUUGUUGGUGGACGGAACUAUUGUGACCCCAAAAGUAAGAAAGAAUAAAGUCACAAUUUCAUGUGAAAAGCUCCAAAUAUGUUGGCUGUGUGACAAAUUUGAGAAUACUUGAAAUUUGUUUUUAUCCCGUACCAAGGAUAAAAUGCAAUAAAUUUACAGGAAAACCUCCCCCAAGAAUUUUUUUUUUUAAGAAUAUUCAAAGCAAAAAAAGAAAAGCACUUCAUGAAUCAAGUGCACUGCACAUGAAAGGUAAAUACAAAUAAUAAGCCCCGUUGUGAAAUGAGAUCUUCCCCACAGAGAUUUUGUUCCGUUCCUGGUUUCCAAACAAGUGACUAAUAUGGCAGCAUAUAAAACUCCUCCGAGGUACCAGAAAAGUCCCAAGUCAUUGUCUUGAUUUCACUUCCUCCUGUUCACUGAAACCACCAAAGUCGUCAUUUUUAGUGUUGGCGUUGGAGAGCCUCAGCAAGUCUCCGUCGCAAAUUAUUUCAGCCUCUCAGUUUUGUUUUUUUUCCCAUCUCGAGCUUCCGCUGAAGUUGUGCCGUUCUCACGUCGCGGUCCGGCCUUCCGGAACCCGUUGCCGAUGGUUGGGCCGUGCUUUUAAGAUCUACUGGCAGGCCUGAGGAAAGGAUGACCUUCGCGCGUGGCCACUUUUUGUGAAAGAGUUGAAAUGAAGUCAAAUUAAAAAAAAUAUCUAUAUUUUUUGCCUUUGUGUGUGUCGUGCUGCAUCCUGCUUUGAGGGCACCGUCCUGAAGGCCUUUUAGGAAGUAGAUUCGUUUUCUGCUCGUGCCUAAACUGCAGACCGUUGGGAGGGAACGGCCACGUUUCAACCAUUUUGUUCGGAUAAGUUUUUGUUGUGCUUUUGAACCCCAACUUGCCAGGAACAACAAAAAAAAAAAAAAAAAAGUUAGCCACCACAUUAAAUUGAGCGCAGGGUCGACAACACCUGGGAAAAAAAAAAAAGUUCAGAUUAAAUGCCAACGUGAUGCCCUCCAGUGGGCAUUCAUUUGCAUGCCACUAGAGGGAGCCUUUGUACCACCCACC